AUGUUCACCGUGGUCCUUACAAUUGAUCGUCCCUUCGCUUCCUACUCUAGUCAUUCUAUUCCACACACCGACGUCUUUUUUGACAUCACUAUCAAUUCGAAUUAUGUUGGGCGUAUGGUCUUCAGGUUGUACGAUGAUAUUGUGCCAAAAACAUGCAGAAACUUCAGAGAACUCGCGACUGGACAGCAUGGCUUCGGCUACAAAGGGUGUAGAUUUCAUAGGAUAAUUCCGGGUUUCAUGGCGCAAGGUGGAGAUCUUACCAAGAACGAUGGCACCGGUGGAAAAUCGAUCUAUGGCCCAAAAUUUGCUGACGAAAGCUUCAAAAUCAAGCACUCGAAGCCAGGUCUGUUAUCUAUGGCAAACGGUGGUCCUAAUACGAACGGUUCUCAGUUCUUCAUUACCACGGUCGUGACAUCAUGGCUCGACGGCCGACACGUUGUCUUCGGUGAAGUAGUACAUGGGAUGGAUGUUUUAGCAGCGAUUGAGGAACAAGGCAGCCCGGGCGGGAGGCCUAAAAAUCCAGUUAUCAUAACCUCCUCCGGUACUGUUUGA